AUGAAGGUCAAGAUCAAGAAGUGGUCAGCGGUCGCGACUUGGCGCUGGGACAUCCCAGAAGACGAUGUCUGUGGAAUCUGCCAGAUCCAUUUUGAUGGUUCCUGUCCAUCGUGCAGGUUUCCCGGGGAUGACUGUGAACUCUUGUCUGGCAAGUGUGGCCACAACUUCCACAAACACUGCAUCACACAGUGGAUCAGGCAAGAAUCAGCCCGCGGACAGUGCCCCAUGUGCCGCCAGAGAUUCGAGAUGAAAGAACCCGUGCCGAGUCGCGCAGCAACGGGCCUGGCGCUACAAGGAACGGCGGGUGGGACUUUGAUGUGA